AUGGAAGUAAACAAAGUAGAAGAAAAUCUUGCCUCUCUUAAUAUUCCAUCAUCACAAAACCUUCAUUUAACUGAAGAAAAUAUAAGAAAUCAGUUGACACAUGAUGAUGAUCACAAGCAUGGGAGGAUGUUAGUGGAGGAAUUAGAGAAAAUAAUUAGAUACACAUUCAAGAAUCCCAACUUGUUGCAUGAAGCUUUUACUCACUCUUCCUUCCAAGAAAACAGUAAAUCAUAUGAGAGAUUGGAGUUGUUAGGUGACUCGAUUCUAAAUAUGUUAGUAACAAAAAAACAAUUUUUUGAUUACCCUGAUCUGCCUCCCGGAAGGCUAACAACGUUGAGAUCAGCCAACGUAGAUAAUGAGAAACUUGCUAGAGUCGCCAUCAAAUACAAUUUACAUAACUAUUUACGUCACAAGAUGACUUUAUUUGAAGGACAAGUAAAAGAAUUCAAAGAGGCUAUAUUGGAGUACCCAUUGCAUUCACUAGGUCUCAUUGAUCCCCCAAAGACUCUUGCAGAUAUUGUUGAAUCUUUGAUUGGUGCCAUCUCUAUUGACUCCGAUUGUAUGAAUACAACUUGGCAGGUGGUUAGUUUUUUGUUGGAACCUCUAACUACUCCAGAAAAACUCGAGCUUAAUCCAAUUACAAAAAUGUACGAGUUAUGUCAGAAGAAUGGAUUGAAGACAGAAUUUGUUGAUAAAUGGGAUGAAAAUGGAGAGUUUGAAGUUUUCGUUGAUGAAAUAUUUGUGGGGAAAGGAAAAUCAAGUGGGAAAAAAAUAACUGCAAAAAAUAGGGCUGCGCACAAUGCAUAUUACCAAGUUCUUCGAAUUUUGAGUGAGAAAGCCACUAUUGAUAAUGAUCAACAUUGUGAUGGAACGCAAAGCUGA